GUGACUUUACCGAAAGAACCAAAGAAGAUACAUGAUUACAGCUUUCCACUGAUGCUCGCCCGGGUUUAUCGGUAGAAAGUGAAAUCUGAAACGGAACUAGGCCACCUUCAACAGAAUGUCAAGAGGUCGUGAGAUUUGAUUCACCACACUGGUCAGUUGCAGGUUGACGGAAUGAGGCAUUCUUGCAUGAGUGGAUUGAAAAAGAGCUGUACAGGUGCACUCUUUGUGAUUGUUAGGGAUGAGAUGUCAUUAAAAAAAUGAUACAGUUUCUCGAACCAUCUUUGUUCUUUUUUAAUAUAAACGUCAAAAUACACUAAAAUAUCGGGGGCCUGGGGGAGGACUUUAGUGAUUUUUCGAUGUGUUUUAUUUAUUAACGAUUUACAGGAUAUAGAUAUUCAAAAGCCUAUGCUUAUUAUCGAAGAAAAUAAUUUAUCAUAAAAUACCAAAAACUGAAAAUCGAAAGGCACAAACACAGCAGCAAACGUGCAAUUUUGGGCCAACAUUGGCGUGUGUUUGGAACUAUUGGACAAACGUUGGCCCAAUGUUCCAUGUUUACCGGGCAGUUGCAGAGUCAACUCUCAACGUCUACUUUCCAAUAUUAACUUCAUGUGCCUGUCAACGACGUCUGCUGGCUCCUUUUAAGCAGCCGCGUGUGAGCAUUUUACGCGAGUCUUUAUAACGCCGCAUAUCUCACGUACGUCGUAUGGGGGACUCAUAUCAUGCCUCCGCGUGAGUUGUUACUCUGGAGACAAGGGGAUCCGUUGAUCGAUGUUCGCUCCCUGCGUUAACGACAUUGGUUGUGAUUUUUCACGAAAGGGUGUGUGAAUGAACGCUUGCCAUUUUCCACUGCAGCUCGGCCUCGGCAGACGAGCGCGGAAACGAGAACGCAGCAAGUGGACAGCUGUGAGAAACGGAAGCGUGGGGCCGACAAGAAUUGCGAAGGUUGAGAUAUUUUGUAUAUUUAGGACUUUUAUUUCGUGUGAGAAAAAUACAGCAUCGUUAAAGCAAAACACGCACGUGCCGAUGUCAAAACACCAACUUGCAACCAAGACGACAUCGAAGUUACCGAUCAUUCAUUGUAUUCCCCUCCCCACCACCCCCAUUCCAAUUGUCAAUGGCAUUCCUCGUGUUUGAAGAGGUGAGCGUUCACUGGUUGUUUGCCUGGCUUCGCACGUACGAUGCCGCAGCCUUAAAAGCGAAGGGCGGAACUCAGCGUGCUCACUCCGUUCCCACCCGAGGGCAAAAUCCCUCGCCACAAUUCACACAACCCUUACGUUGUGCAGACUGAUAGGCAGGUGAAUAGCUGAACGUACAUAUAGGCGCAUCGACAGACACACACACACAGGCGGACAGACGGACACACAGUCGGAUUGAUUAAUAUAGAGGUGGACAGAUAGAUGGACGCGCAGUGAAUAUUCACGCAGGCAGAUUAUUUGAAGAUCUGACUAGUGGACACACACGUGUGGACAGGAGUAUUUAUAGACAUACCGGAGGGUGGAUAUACACAGCAAAAUUACACGCGUGGUGAGAAGUGGAGACUUACACAGACCGGCACUCAACAUAUUCAGACAGCUGGCCAGAGAGACAAAUACAGCCGGACUCAGACAGGUGGACAGGGAGAAAAGUUGCGAGUUAGUAAGUGUGGCAUAUUGCCAGACACAGACAAUGAUAAGAAUAACCUUUUAUUUAUAGUUAACCAGCUAACUAUAAACAAAACCCACAUAAACAGUCUACCUAGCAGAAAUACAGUCCACAAGGGCAGACAGUAAGAAGAGUCUGUCUAACCAAGACUCAUAUAGACCUUAGUCAUCCUACACGACCUUCAUAUAUACAUACAUUCAUAAAGACAGCCUCAACAGCAUCUAGACAAUUUACAAAUACUGCAGUAGACAGUAUACCGAAGUCAUAUAGACAGCCGACAUAACAGCCACAUCGACAGCUCGACUACGUGACAAUCAUAUCAUACAGACAGGCAAACAAACCACGCAGUCAUAUAGGACAUUCGAACAAGGCAGUAAAGACAUAGCAAUCAUAUAGACAGCCGGCAUGCCCAACAUCAGCCUCGGCAGCAUAGCGUGGCCCUCACCCUCCUGCUGUGACAAUAAAUCCGACAACGCAUCCAUCCCCACGGCGGAUCCUUACCAGGGUUCAGGGUACCUAAUCUACCAGACAGAGCAGCUUAUCACGCUGUGGGUCCUCUUUGUGCUCGUGAUGUGCGGGAAUGUUGUGGUGCUCCUUCUCGCCAUACCUGCUCGUCAAGCAAAGCCACGGAUGACCUUCUUUGCCAUAAACCUGGCAAUCACUGAUCUCCUAACAGGAUUAGUGACCAUCCUUACAGAUAUCAUCUGGAGAUAUACUGGAGAGUUUCUUGCCAAUGAGGCCAUGUGUCGGAUUGUGCGAUAUCUGCAGGUGGUACUUUUGUACGCUUCCACGUAUGUGUUGGUAUCUUUGAGCAUAGACCGUUACCUGGCCAUCGUGCAUCCCAUGAAAUUUUCAAGAACAGACAUGCGCUCUCGUCAGCUGGUAGCGGCUGCCUGGUGCCUCUCUUUGCUGUUUGCGUCGCCAACGAUCGCCCUGUACACACUGAAGCUGCUGCCUAACGGGGAGCAGCAAUGCUGGGUCGUGUGGGCAGACAAGGAGAUCUUCUGGACGAGCUACAUGACCACAGUGGCCUGCUUGGUGUUCUUCAUUCCGCUCACUGUCAUCUGUGUGGUGUAUUUUUUCAUAGUACGUACCAUCUGGAGAAAAAGCAGCAAUGCAGAAAAUGUCUUGAAAUGCAGACCAGUUGCAACCACUGGCAACAAUGAUGGUUACGAUGGUGUUCAGGUUGACAUUUUGCCUCUAGAAACAUACAGGAAGGCAAAAAUGAAGACCAUUAAAUACAGCCUAGCUGUCAUAUUUGCGUUUGUGCUGUGCUGGAGCCCGUACUUCAUGUUUGACAUUCUGGACAACUUCUACCUCCUGGCCGAGACAGAGGAACGUAAUUUUGCACUGCUCAUCAUUCAGAACCUGCCUGCGCUCAACAGCGCCAUCAACCCAUUGGUGUACUGUGCAUUCAGUGACAAUGCCUGCCACUGCAUCCGGUUGGGGCUAAAGACAUCAUGGGUGUCCCCCGUGCGUCUGCGGAAGCGCCAGCAUGACCCGCGCUGUCUGGACCGUCGUAAUUGCUCCACACACAUUCCAAGGGUGUCUACAAGCCCAGGCAAGCAAGAUGCUUUGAGGCACAACGAUGCCACCGAAAUCUCCUCAUCGGACAUCAUCCUUACAUUCCUAUCUGAGACGUCAUCUAUCAAACAGCAGUCAGCACAUGCUGUACUGCCCAGGGAAAACGUUUGUGUGCAAUAGGAGGUUCUUUUGUGGCCUUUUUAGCUGUUGUGAUAACACGUGCCUGUGCAUUUCUGGUUCAAACCUUUCACACGCUGUACUCGACAUGGCAUUAGUAGCUUUGGCCAGAGCAUCUUGACCUUCAUGGACUUAAACAUCGAUAUAAACUUUGCAUUUUGAUCCACGUUAUCUAUUUCUGACAACUUGACGUAAACUUAAGAGGGAAAAAUACUCUCAUAAUUAUUCUCAUCGUAAUAUUUACGAGGCAUAUUUCACUAUAUUAUGUCAGUUAGUGCUGUUUUCAGUGUUUAACAAUUGGAGAGACGGGUUUAUGAAGUCCUAGCUGGUGGACCAUUCAGCCCAUCGUCGCUUAAGGGCCAAUGGCUGUCCUAUAACUGGACUGGUCUUUGCCCACACGAAAUAAUGACAAUUCCAUGAACGCACGACAUCAUAUUGAGAUUAAUUCCACCCAAUGUCAGAAUAUUUUGUUUUCACAUCCUAAAAGUAUUACAGUCAAAUUAUAAUAAUACGGUUAAACACUUUUCUAUCCACGAUUUCUGGAUUCGCGAGUUUCGCAUAUCCACGAGUUGCGAAAUGUAUAUUAAUUCCCUAUUUGCGACACGUCGGACUCCAGCUUUCGCGAGUGUACCGUGCGAGACCACCUCCACCGGGGAGGUGUGGGCAGAAUUUGACAUUGGGAACUGUGAAGUCCUCAGUCUCGCAGUAAUCCCGCUCUGAACUCGCUACUGAACUGGUUUUUUUUUAUGACUUUAUACGUACUUGCAGUCAACUCGUUUAUACAUUUUGGUGUAAACGAGUCGAUUGUGAGCACUCCCUAGAGUGCUAAAAUUAUAACACCUGUGCGUUGUUAUCAAACACCUGCGUCUCCCGAGGAGUCAUCCUCUUGAAUUCACAACCACCUCCAUCGUCGUCAAAUCAUCAUCACAAAAAGUAAUAAAUAAAUAAACACGUUUUUUUUUAUUUAUGGUAGUCAUUGUUAUUAAAAAAUUACCAUCCCCCCCCCAUGUUCACUCGUAUCAGCAAUAUAACCCCAUUUCUCCCCAUUGAAACAUAGUUUCUGCAUUUGCGAAUUCUGUAUUCACGAGUGUUUUCAACAACGUAACCCUCGCGGAUAGAGAGGAUUUAUUUUACGCGUGUUCGUGUAUCUAUAACGAACCAGAACAGACGUAUGUAUGUAGGUAUGUUCAACUUCUUUUGAGCCAUACAUAGACAGCCGCGCUUAUCGGAGGUGUGGGGGAAGGACAACAAACUAAACACAAAAAAUCAGUACUAAAGAAAAGAGUUCUCAAUUUAGAUUUAGAAGUGCAUAGCCCCAGUGGCUUCCUAAUAUCGGAAGGAAGAGCGUUCCAGACGGCCGCAGAAAACUGAAAAGAAACAAGUUAACACGUUUAGUCAAGUUCCUUCCGACAAACAGAAAGGUCGUGCAUCCAUUCAGCUUAAUCGUACUGUACUUGCAGUGGGUAGAGCGUUACAACCUCGCUGUGUUUGAUGAAGUUUUGCUCCAUUCGUCUGUACAAGCCUUGAUCGUGUGUCUGUCUCUCGAAUGCUCUUUCCCAGUGUUUCCUGAAAACAAUUGAGUAGAUAGUUUUGCUUUGUUCUUGUCGAUAUUUUUAUCGAUAAAAUGUAUUGUAAUUGAGAUAUAAUCGUGAAUAAUUGUAAUGUAUUUUCAGCAUAUAUGCAUAUAGAUAUGAAAAAUCGAUCUUUCCGUAUGAAACCAUCAGUUUCUCUACAUAUUCGCCAUCCUUUUACUACGGAAGUUCCGUGGGUUCCUGCUCGUGAAGUAUAUAUUACAGUACCAUCAAUUUACCACACCUGAAAAAUAGUACAUGUCAUAACUUUGUAAGAAUAAAUUUGCCUUCGGACCAUUGCACAAAACAGAUGACUGCCUGCAUGUGUCAUUCAUGUCAUGUGGCCUUCCAAUAUGCAAUUUGUAGCAGAAAUCAACACGCUUUGGUCAUUUCCAUAGCACAGCUGGAUAUAUUCAGUGAUAAUUUUAGUUUUUUUUAUAUAUAUUGAUGGAGUAGCGGGGUGGCUCAGACGUCAGAGCUCUCAGCAGGCACUGCGGAGAUCAAUCAUUUGGGUCUGAAUAUUGACAGCCACCUGUGAUUAAACAGAGUUCCCAUGCAUAACGCGUUUAUGAACUGCAUACAAAAAAAACAUGUUGAAUUUGCUUCUGCACUUGAC